AUAAAGAUGCAAGAUGUAUCUUAAGCAUUUUUAAAUUAUUUAUUAUUAUUUUUUUCUAAUUUUAUAGUAAUGGAAAGUGAAAUAAAUAGACGACCUUUAUUAGAAGAUAGUGAUAGUGAUUUUAACGAAAACGACAAUGACAUAGAACAUGAACAAAAUGAGGACCAUAUUAUAGUCCAACCCCAUAAUAAUAGAAAGACAUUCUUAAAAACUAUUUUACCCCCUGAUAAAUACAAUGUAUCGUAUUUUAUAUUUUAUUUACUUGGUAUGACAACUUUAUUACCAUGGUGCUUUUAUGUUACAGCAAAUGAGUAUUGGAUGUACAAAUUUAGAGAUGUAUCACAAAAUAAUACUUUUAACCGGACAGCAUUACAAGUGGGAUUUACAGCAUAUUUGACUGUAGCUUCCUCCAUUCCGAAUACUGUAUUUUUAGUAAUAAAUGCCAUGGUUUGCCAUAGAAUAUCAUUACAUUUACGAAUGCAUGGAUCUUUAAUAAUUAUGACAACAUUAUUUAUUAUUACGACUGCGUUAGUAAAAAUUAACACUGAUAGUUGGCAAGAGAAUUUCUUUAUUUUGACUAUGCUGAGCGUAGUUUUUAUGAAUUGUGCCAGUGCUAUAAUGUCCGGUGGCCUUUUUGGCAUAAGCGGCAGAUUUCCAGCGCAAUACAUAUCAGCUGUUGUGAGCGGGCAAGCACUAGGAGGAGUAUUUGCAGCAGUGUGUGAAAUUGUUUCAUUAUCAUUAGGAGUUAAUGCAACUCUUAGUGCACUUAUUUAUUUUAUCAUAGGAGUAUUUGUACUAGCUCUCUCAAGUGUAGCUUAUACGACUUUGACAAGAACAGCAUUUUUCAAAUACCAUUUACUAUGUGAGGACCAAGUUGAAGAAGACAUUCCAAAACCACCCAUUUCUAUAAAUAACAUUAUGAAAAGGAUCUGGCCAUAUGCUUUUGCUGAAAGUUUUAUUUUUGUUGCAACAUUAUCUGUUUAUCCUGGAGUGACUGUCUUGGUAGAUUCUGAAUACAAAGGAAAUGGUCAACCUUGGAAUGAUAUAUACUUUGUGCCUGUGGUUUGCUAUUUUAUAUUUAGCACUGGGGAUUAUGUGGGAAGAAUUAUUGCUGGAUAUUUUUUAUGGCCGAAAAAUAAGCCAUACAUUGUAGCAGGUUUAAGUCUCAUUAGAGUAAUUUUUGUACCAAUUUUAAUGAUGUGUAAUGCUCAUCCUCGGCAUUAUUUACCCAUACUUAUAGAAGAAGAUUAUAUUUAUAUAUUAAUAAUAACAAUUUUUGCUUUAAGCAAUGGAUACAUUGCUAAUAUUGCUUUGAUAUAUGCACCAAAAUGUGUUGAACCACAUGAGAAAGAAACAGCGUCAUCAAUUAUGGCAGCUUUUCUAGGUAUAGGACUUGCAAUUGGCUCAAGUCUUAGUCUUAUCAUGGUUAAUCUAUUAUAA